AUGCAAAAUAAUUCUAAAACCAGAGAGAUGUUUAUCGUACGAGCUUUGGAAAAAAUACUAGCUGAUCGGGAUGUCAAGCGAUCGCACCUCUCGCAACUCAGGAAGUCCUGCGAGUCUGCGCUUGAGGAUCUUCGCAAUGAGAUCAAAGACGUGCCGGUUGGGCAGGGUGAAGAGGUAACGUCAAAUGCAUUGCCGCAGCCCAAGAGCGAUUCAAAUGUCAUCACUGCAGAGAAGUACUUCUUGCCGUUCGAAUUAGCAUGCCAGAGCAAAUCACCGCGGAUCGUGGUGACUGCGCUUGACUGUCUGCAGAAGCUGAUAGCAUAUGGUCACUUGACUGGCAAUGUGCCUGACUCUACGGAACCUAGUAAGCUGCUGAUCGUGCGCAUCGUUGAGACCAUCUGCGGCUGUUUCACCGGUCCGCAGACCGACGAGGGCGUACAGUUGCAGAUAAUCAAGGCCUUACUGACCGUAAUGACGAGCCAACACGUAGAGGUGCACGAGGGCACGGUGUUAUUGACGAUCCGCACCGUCUACAACGUCUACCUGGCGUCACGUAAUCUGGUGAACCAGACGACAGCUCGCGCAACCCUCACUCAGAUGAUCAAUGUGAUAUUCGCGCGUAUGGAGUCUCAGGCCGAGGAGGAGAGCGUGAAGAUCGACGGUGAAGCUCAGCAAGAGACCGGAGGAGGCACUGUCGUGGCGAACGGUGAAGCUGAGGCAGAGCUAAGCGCAGAGAAUGCCACCAACGGUGAUGCUACGGAUCCUCAGACGAUUGUCCGAGGCAUCCUCGACGAUGUGGUAAACUCGGUGGUGCCGUUGGAGGAGGAAGUCAGUCUUGAAAAUGGGCCGGAGGACAACGGCGACGAGGCGACCGCCGAGAGCGACAACAUGGUCACCGCUAAGUUCACGCAUGUGUUGCAGAAAGACGCGUUCCUCGUGUUUCGCGCUCUCUGCAAGCUCUCGAUGAAGCCGUUGCCGGACGGCACCCCAGAUCCGAGGUCGCACGAGCUCCGCUCCAAGAUUUUGUCGUUGCAACUGCUGUUGGGAAUCCUGCAAAACGCCGGCCCGGUGCUGCGCUCGAACGAGAUGUUCGUCAUCGCGAUCAAGCAGUAUUUGUGCGUCGCCUUGUCGAAGAACGGAGUCUCGUCGGUGCCGGAGGUGUUCGAACUGUCGUUGGCUUUGUUCUUGGCACUGCUCGCGCGCUUCAAGGUGCACCUCAAGAUGCAAAUCGAGGUGUUCUUCAAGGAAAUCUUCAUGAACAUCCUCGAGACUUCCAGCAGCUCCUUCGAGCACAAGUGGAUGGUUAUACACGCGCUCACUAGGAUCUGCGCGGAUGCCCAGAGUGUCGUCGACAUCUACGUUAAUUAUGAUUGCGAUCUUUCCGCCGCCAACCUCUUCGAGAGGCUCGUCAACGACCUAUCCAAGAUUGCCCAAGGUCGUCAGGCUUUGGAACUCGGCGCAUCGCCUAAUCAGGAGAAAUCUAUGCGCAUCCGCGGAUUGGAGUGUCUCGUGUCCAUCCUGAAGUGCAUGGUGGAGUGGAGCCGGGAUUUGUAUGUGAACCCCAGCGUACCUGCGGACCAGCAACCGCUGUCGGACCCGCCAGACCCGGCGCCGGAAACCCCGCUACCGCGUUACGGCAGUGCUGGUAGUCUCUCAUCGGCCAACUCCAGUUUGACCGGCAACAAGGAGGUGCCGGAUUCGCCAGAACAAUAUGAAGUGCAGAAACAACAGAAGGAGGUAUGGGAGGCCGGCAUCGAGAUCUUCAGUCGAAAGCCUGGCAAAGGUGUGCAAUACCUGCAAGAACAGGGCCUGCUCGGCACAUCGCCGGAAGACGUGGCCAGGUGGCUGCAUCUGGACGAACGACUUGACAAGACAGCCAUCGGUGACUUCCUGGGCGAUCACAAUCACAAUCAGGUGAUGUACCACUACAUCGACCAGAUGAACUUCGCCGAGCGCGAUCUAGUCACUGCACUCAGGUACUUCCUGGAAGGCUUCCGGCUACCCGGCGAAGCGCAGAAAAUCGAUCGCUUGAUGGAGAAGUUUGCCAGUCGUUAUUGCGAGUGCAAUCCUAAUAAUGGGCUGUUCACCAGCGCGGAUACCGCUUACAUCCUCGGUUUUUCCAUCAUUAUGCUGACGACCGACUUGCACUCGCCACAGGUCAAGAAUAAAAUGACCAAGGAACAGUAUAUCAGGUUGAAUCGACGUAUCAGCGACAACGAGGACCUCCCCGAGGAGUACCUUUCCAGGAUCUACGACGAGAUUGCUGGCAACGAGAUCAAGAUGAAAUCGAACCCGAACAACAGCCGACUCGCCGGCAAGCAACUGAUCUCGAGCGAGAAGAAACGGCGAUUGUUGUGGAACAUGGAGAUGGAAGUGAUCUCCACGGCGGCGAAGAAUCUCAUGGAGUCCGUGAGCCACGUUCAAGCACCGUUCACCACGGCUAAACACUUGGAGCAUGUACGGCCGAUGUUCAAGAUGGCCUGGACGCCGUUCCUCGCGGCUUUCAGCGUCGGACUUCAAGAUUGCGACGACCCGGAGAUCGCGUCGCUUUGCUUGGACGGUAUCAGAUGUGCCAUCCGCAUCGCCUGUAUCUUCCAUAUGAGCCUAGAACGCGACGCCUAUGUGCAAGCAUUGGCGAGAUUCACCCUGCUGACGGCCAACUCCCCCAUCACCGAGAUGAAGGCGAAGAACAUCGACACUAUCAAGACCCUCAUCACUGUGGCUCAUACUGACGGCAAUUAUUUGGGUGGCUCAUGGCUCGACGUUGUCAAGUGCAUCUCGCAGUUGGAGUUAGCGCAACUUAUCGGCACCGGCGUGAGACCCCAGUUACUGGGUCCGCCGUCGAAGCCGCACUUUCCGUCGCCUUUGGCGAAUUUCGGUAAUCUCACGCAUUCUGUCGGCUCACAUCAAGCUAACAGUCUCAAUUUGAGCUCGCUGGACCCCAGCGUGAAGGAGUCCAUCGGCGAGACCAGCUCGCAGAGCGUUGUCGUGGCCGUCGAUCGCAUCUUCACCGGCUCCACCAGACUCGACGGCGACGCUAUUGUUGAAUUCGUCAAAGCUCUCUGCCAGGUUUCCCUCGAGGAGCUGGCGCACCCCACGCAGCCGCGCAUGUUCUCCCUUACGAAAAUCGUCGAAAUCUCGUAUUACAACAUGGGACGCAUCAGGCUCCAGUGGUCCAGAAUCUGGCAGGUUCUCGGUGAUCAUUUCGACAGGGUAGGAUGUAGCCCUAGGCAAGAUAUCUCGUUCUUCGCCGUGGACUCUCUGAGGCAGCUAGCCACGAAAUUCAUUGAGAAAGGCGAAUUCGCCAACUUUAGAUUCCAAAAAGACUUUCUCAGGCCGUUCGAGCAUAUUAUGAAAAAGAACAGGUCUCCCGUCAUCAGAGACAUGGUGGUUAGAUGCGUGGCGCAGAUCGUUCAUUCGCAAGCGCCCAAUAUCAGAUCUGGUUGGAAGAAUAUCUUCAGUGUUUUCCACCAUGCAGCUAGCGAUCGUGACGAGUCUGUCGUCGAGUUGGCUUUCUCGAUGACUGGCAAGAUAAUAAACGAGCUGUAUGCGGAGGACUUCAGCAUCAUGGUAGAUUCUUUUCAAGACGCCGUCAAGUGCUUGAGCGAGUUCGCAUGUAAUGCGUCCUUCCCGGACACUAGCAUGGAGGCAAUUCGGCUGAUACGUUCCUGCGCGUCUUAUAUCGACGCGAAUCCCAACUUGUUCGCCGAGGGUAUGAUGGACGACAGUGGAAUGGUUUCCGAGGAAGACCGAGCCUGGGUAAGAGGUUGGUUCCCGCUGUUGUUCGAGCUAUCUUGCGUAGUGAGCAGAUGCAAGCUGGACGUCAGGACGCGCGCAUUGACGGUGCUCUUCGACGUUGUCAAGACGCACGGCGCGUCCUUCAAACCUCAUUGGUGGAAGGAUCUCUUCCAGGUUCUUUUCAGGAUUUUCGACAAUAUGAAAUUGCCUGAGCAGCAUACUGAGAAAGCCGAAUGGAUGACAACGACGUGCAAUCAUGCGCUUUAUGCCAUCGUAGACGUCUUCUCGCAGUUCUACGACAUCCUGGGUCCGUUAUUGCUGGAACAGCUGUAUUCCCAGCUGCUGUGGUGCGUGCAGCAGGACAACGAACAGUUGGCUCGAUCGGGCACCAAUUGCCUGGAGAACCUGGUCAUCAGCAAUGGUAUUAAGUUUGACGAACAGACCUGGGAGAAAACGUGCCAGUGCGUGUUGGACAUCUUCGAGAGCACUUUACCGUCGGCGCUGCUCACGUGGAAACCACAGUCACCUAACAAGGAGUCCGACCUCGACGUGAUCACCGGCGAGGCGGACGGUCAUCAUAUCGGUAUCUUAAAAAGGAGCAACAGCGCGCAGAGUUUGAACACCGAAAUCCUGCCGAAAGCGAAGCUUUUCUCAGCAUUGUUGAUCAAAUGUGUGGUACAAUUGGAGCUGAUACAGACUAUCGAUAAUAUCGUUUUCUACCCGGCGACCUCGCGCAAAGAGGAUCAGGAAAAUUUAGCGCUCGCGCAGGCCGACAUGCUAAAUGGCAAGACGUCGGAGCUUGUAAAGGCCGGCACCGAUCAGCAAAAGGAGGAGCAGGGCAUGUACUGCGCCCUGACAACCAGCCACCUUCUGCAGCUGGUCGAUUGCCUGUUGCGGUCGCAUCGUUUCGCUAAGAGCUUCAAUUCUGACCACGAACAGCGCAACGUGCUGUGGAAAGCCGGCUUUCGCGACAACGUGAAGCCGAAUCUGCUGAAGCAGGAGACGCAAUCGCUCGCCUGCGCGCUGCGUAUCCUCUUCAAGAUGUACAGCGACGAGGUACAUCGCGUCGACUGGCCUAAAGUCGAGGCACGACUGGUCGAGGUUGCGUGCGAAGCUCUCGAGUACUUCCUCGCGAUCGCCAACGAGGCCCACCGCGACGCAUGGACGCCGAUCCUGCUGCUACUGCUCACCCGUAUCCUCAAAAUGAGCGACCAUCGUUUUGCGGUGCACGCCUCGACCUGCUACCCUUCCCUCUGCGAAGUGAUGUGUUUCGACCUCAAACCGGAGCUCAGGUCGGUCCUGCGCAGGUUCUUCCUCAGGAUCGGGCCAGUCUUCAGGAUUACGCAGCAGUAGUGACGAGUCGGCGAGUAGCGAUGGGCUGAUGACGAAUGUUUCGAGAUUAUUUCGACUCGAAACGGCGUAGGUUUCUAAUUGCUUCGAGUAUUAUUCGAAGCUAGUAAAAUAUCAAAAUUCCUCAAAUUUACAGCAAUUUAAAUUUAGCGAUAAAGUAUCGUAAAACGAGAUUUUAGCAUCCCGAAAAAGAGAGUCUCGAAGCUUUUAGAAUUAUUAAAAUUAUCAAAUCUGUCGAAUCUGUCAAAUCCACUCAAUUUUUAAGGAAUUUCAACAUCUUCGCGCAAGAUUUCAACAUUUCAAAAUUUAGAGAUUUUCAAGAUUUUUAAAAACUUUGUGAUCUUUAGCUUCAACAAGACAGUAAAGAUUCAAUAGGAGUUUAUAGUAAAUCUUGAAGAAGCCCUCAUUUGAAAUAAUAUUUGAAGUGGUUCGAAAUUCUACGCUAAGAUUGAAUCAUCUGAAUAUUUGCAAGAAGACAAGGUUGAAUGCCUAUUGUCUACGCAGUAGUAGAAAUGUAAUUAAUUGUAAAGCGCGGUUAGGUACUUCGGCCCGUGUUAAACUACUUACAUACGAUCCAAUGAUUCGCAUGAGUUUCUGUUGCACCGAAUUGUUUGAUCAAUUUUGCAUUAUUUUACAUCUCACACAUUUCACUUUGAUACUUUGAUUCGUCUAUGUGGCACACCGCAUUUAACGCUAAAUGUAGCCUGCUUUUUAUUCGUCCAAUGUGCAGAUUUGUGAACAGCGUAUCAACGGCAUUCUACAAUAGUAUGUAUCGUGUGACAACUUGUUAUAAUUAUAGUAAUAUUCAAAUCUAUAGUAUUAUCAAAGUGAUAUUUAUGUUUCAUUUACCGAGUAAUCUGCACAUCCACCCAGUUCACAUUUAGCGCUGAAUGUAUUACGUGAGACACGCACUAUUGUGCACACGUUUGCGCAACGUUUGUCGCAGAAAUCGCUGGAUCGCAUACGAGGCGUUUAACGCUACGUGUACACACAUGCGUCUAUGUAAUAUAUUGGAACAUAUACACGUAUAUAAAAUGGUACGGAAUAUCGUGGAAAUCGGCGACAUAAAUAUAUGUGUCUUUGUCGAAUUUGAAAUUGAUUCUUCUUUAGCGUAAUCUUAAAAAGCGAUUCAAACAAUCAUUUGUGCCGAUUUUAUUUGUAUAAUUUUCGUUGUAUAAUUUUCAUUGUCCGUCUUAGAAAAAAAAAAAAUCACUAACCAAUAUAUGAUGAGAGACUUGAUUUAAGAAUCUGAUACACUACAAAAAAAGACAUUGAAUUUUUAACAUAGGUUACGUUUUAUGUUUAUCUGCUAUUCAUUAGUCUAUGUAUUUCGCAAGAACGUAUAAUUUACACCUGGAAUACUUCACUGAAUGGACCACUCAUUGUUAUUUCCAAGAAAAGACAUUUGUUCUUCAAUCUCAAAAUCGACAAUACCUUAUUAAUUACAGAAUUACGUCAAAUUCAGAAUGUCUCGACAUUGAGAAGAUGCAGUUUUAUUUACCGCUAACUGUGUGUCGUCGUUGUUCCGUCAAGUAGACGAUGAAAUGUCGAGGAGAAAAAACUACCGCGAGUUCCCAUAUUUCUUGAAGAGUAAGAUAUGUAUAGAUUAUAAAUAGCGAUUGUGUGAGUAGUUAGCUAGGCAUUGUUGAAGCGAUAGUCUUUAUAAUUUGAUAGAAAACGAGAAUGAGUGUGUGCGUGACAAAGGGGCAAGUGCUGUUGUCAAUACGUAGAAAAUUUAAAAUAA